UUAGCGGAGGACGUCUACGAAAUGAAUCGACUACUGCUAGCGUUCGGACUCGUCUGCUUACUGCAGGGACUCUCUGCUGAGCCGAGACCAGAGUUUGCGUUGAACGGCACCGUCCCAGCAAGCAUCCGCAUUACGGCGGUGAAAAACGAUGCUAAUGUCACUGCGACUGCCAUCAAGGCGCUCAACGUGACCACUGUUAACUCCGCAUAUCCAGGGCUAGUCGGCACAAAGACUCAGAUUGAAAAAGUCAUCACCGACUUCGAUACAAAGGCGCAGGCCAUCCUUGCCGCCUACGAUACGCUGCUGGCUGCUAACGAUGGCAACGUCUCUGGACAGUUUGACGCCUUCGUCACCACCAUCAAUGCAACGAUAACGUAUAUCUCGACCGAUGCCAGCAACGUUACGGCCGAGCUGGGCGUGUUCAACUACACUGGCAUCUCGGAUGAGCUGACGGACGCUUUCGAGCGCAUCCUUACCGGAUUGACCGAUCUGAGAGCGAAGACCGUCACUGUGCAGACAGGUAUCCAGGCCGCAGUUAACAGUGCAGGAUCGGCGACAGUCAGUGCGGACAUUCUGCGCCAGUUCGUGCCACUGCGCACCAUGUACGAUCUGCUGCGCGCGGCCAGCAACCUGCGUGCCUAUCUGCCGCUGGUGCAGUACAUUCUGACCACCACGAUCGAGAACAUCGCGGAAGCGGACAAGUACUUGAUGGAACUGAAUACCCUUCUGUCGACGGGUGUGUCGACGGAAACUGGCAGGUACGCAGAAGAUAUUCAAAGGAUUGCGAAUGAAACUAUUAACCAAGUGGUAGACGGUUUUGCCGGUGAGAACAUUAGUACUGAAGCAGCCUUCAAUGAGGUUUUGUUAUCGCCGAAUAUUGGGAGUGCCCCAAGACAUUCGGAUCUGAUUGCUGCAGCAACUAACCUGAGUGCAUUAUUCACCAACGCCACGCUGAUGCAACAAACGAACGCAAUGAUUGCCGCAUUUAUCAAAAUUAGCACAUCAUUGACCUCGCGCAUUGCUACACUGCAAGCAGGUUUCAAUGUGCUUGACUUUCCACUCUUCAAGCAGCUCGUGGACACGCUGAUGGGUAAUGACGAGUACGGUCGCUACUGCUAUCAGAAGUACAAGGAGCUGGGAAAGGGAAUUUUUGGCCAGGCUUUCGAUUCGGCCUGGCAGUGUGUGGACAACGAGUAUGCGCGUCUCGAAUACUUGAAGAUCACCCUGGGGUUUAUGAUUGAAAUACUGGCUUUCGAUUACGAGGAUGUGAUAGAACAAGUAAAAGUAUGUGAUAAUCUUACCAGUGGGGAUAAUCUGAACAAUUGCGUCUCACAGCUCGCCAACUUUUAUACGAAUCUGUUUCCCCAAACUGCCAAUAAGAUUUCCACCAUGUAUCAACUCGCUACAGAUGAGGCCACAGCCAGCGAGAACCGUAUCCUUAUAUGCAUCGAGCUAGUUUACAUUCAAGGAACUGUCCUUGAGCCGCAGAAAAUCUCCGACAAUCUGGCAAUCUGUAGCCGAGACGGCCCAAAGGGUUCGGAUUAAGUAAAGCCAAGAGAAAACAUACCUUGUUAUGCUACAAGCAUAUCAUAGAAAGAAAAUGAUGCCAGAGAAAUAGUGCAAAUAAACGCAACGACGCUAGCUGAGCACGGCUUUAUCAUAGUUAAGAAAAAAUCUCAACUUGCAACUUGUUGAUGAUGUUGUCGUAGAUCUACCAGCAGUUCAAUUUCAUAGUUGCAGAACCUCGACUAUGCACAAUACAGCCUUACCUGCUUCGAGGUUGUUUACGCCUCGUAGAUCAGGAAUAAUACUUUGGUAAUACGUCUCUAAUUUUCGUUACUUACUCCCUUAUCUGAAAACAUGAUCAUUUACAGUUAUCAACACUCUUCAACAAAACAAGAAAUUAAUGCCAUCAACUGAUGCAUGUUUUAUUUUUUCCUUACAUACCUUCUCUGUUGGCUUUUCGAAGAUAUAUCGUGAAUGAUAGCAUGCUUGCAUUGUAACGCAAUGUUGAAGUGAUAAACUUGAAUGACGUCUGAGAUCUGACUACAACUUUACUACACGUAAAUCUUUUUAACACAUGGAAUGGUAUGCAAUAAGGUCGGAAAUAGGGUCUGAAAUAAGUUGUAACGUU